AUGGCUUUGCCAAUGGCGGCCAUAGCAAAGCUCGGCAUCAUCGCCGCCGCCCACGGCGGCCUGACUCCGGCGGCCGCCGCCUUGCUGUGGCCGUUCUUGUUCAAAUUCUCCUUCAGUUUCCGGCCGCUUCGCGGGGGAUGCACUGACUUGUUUCAUGCAAUGGGGCUCUUCUUUUUUCAGGUGGGCCACAUCGUGUUGGGCCGGGAGCCGAGCGUGGGGCCCACUGGCGGCCUGCGGUGGCGGAGGGCUGUCCGGUUUGUCUACGAGAGGGUAAUCCAUGGGCGGCCCACGGCGGCCGGCGAGGAGAGUUUGGUUGCGGGACUUCAACCAAUGAUAACUUGCUAUGUCAGCAACAAGAAUCGAGUUCAAUCUUCAUGCGAAAAACCAGAAACUAAUUCCGGUGUUCUCCACCAGGCGCAAUCAACAAAAAUCAGACAGCCAACUUAUGGAAAUCGCGACCACAAUCCACGUCCAGAAAACUUCAGUCCGGGUGUCACAGCAGUUCGCGUUCAGCGCCCAUCCAACCACAUGAUGUCGUCGUUGGUCGUCUUUACCAAUCCACGAAACUGCCUGGCCAUCGUCUACCAGCCGUCGGCAUCCAACCGCAACCCGCGCAUCCAACCGCCACGAAGACAGUCAUCGCUGGAGAUGGAGUUGCGGAGGAUGAUGGAGGGCUCGAGCAAGAGGGGUGUGUCCUUGUCGUGCGCGAUUAGGUUGUGCUCGAACUCGAGCAGGGGACCACAACGGGCAGAGGCUACGUCGUGGGUGGGGAGGGCGAAGGGCAUGAGGCGUUCGAAAGGGGCUGCAGCCCAGAAGAAGACGCGAAGGCGCCGAAAAAAGUCGUUGGUUCUGAAGAUGGUUGAAAUCGCCGAGUGUGCGGCACCGCGAGGAGUCGCAGCGCCGCAAACCCUAGACGAGCAGAGCUCUCGCCGCCGCCGAAAUUCCACCAUGCCGUCGCACAAGACAUUCAUGAUAAAGAAGAAGCUCGCGAAGAAGCAGAGGCAGAACAGGCCCAUCCCUUACUGGAUCCGCCUGCGCACCGACAAUACCAUCCGCUACAACGCCAAGCGCCGCCACUGGCGCCGCACCAAGCUCGGAUUCUGAUCAUGCUUGGUUGUAUUGUAUGGUUCUGUUGGAGUCUUUUUCACUCCUUCUGCCUGUUAUUCGGUAUAAGAGUGUACGUGAAAGGUCCACGAUAGAAUAAUGAAAUGCUCUUUGUUCCAAGUAUUCUUCCGAAUUAUGUGCAAUUCAUCCUGAUUUUUUAUGUGGUUAUUUUGUUAAGAAAAGAUACGGGGCUGGGUUGAGUUUUCCUCCAUGAGGUUUUGUUCCUGUCAAUAAUGGGCAGGGACAAAAUUGGAAAAAUAUUAUCAAGAAACAACUCUGUAGUCAUUCAUCAUGGUACUUGGAAUUUGUUGUCAUAUUUUGUUUGACAGCCCAUAAUCUCAUUUUGUUUUGGU